AUGUCGGCCAUCCUGACUAAGUUCGAGAGUGCCUUGGCACAUCGCUCCUCCAAGGAUGGUCUUACCGAUGCCGAGGUCAGUUUGGCUCUUGGUGUUGCGCCCUCCCCUCUCUCUUCACACGUGCCAGGAGUCAUCACCACCGCGCGAGAUGUAGUCCACACAGUCACCAAAUCCGUCUUUGAUGGGACAGCAUUGCGGAACAUCACUGCCCUCGUGCAGCUCUCUGGUCAGCUCUUUGCCCCUGGUGCGCCUUUGGACGAUCGCAAGUACCUACUGGAGAGAGUGGUGCAACUACUGGCAGACACGAAUGGCAGCAUCGCAUCCACCCUGGUUGGCAACCAGCUUGUAGCCACCCUCUUCACCGACCUUCAACACCCUCCAGUCACAAUCAUGGGCCAUAAGAACGAGUUCCGCUCUGUCGAUGGCUCGGGCAACAACCCAUACCAGCCCACUCUUGGAGCCGCACGCACACCGUACGCGAGGAAUGCGCAAAGAAAAGCACCCCUUGUCACGCCUGAUGCGGGCAUCGUCUUUGACACGCUUCUUGCACGCAAGGGCUUCAAACCUCACCCGCAAGGUAUUGCUAGCCUUCUCUUCUCGAUGGCAAACCUCAUUAUCCACGAUGCGUUCCGCACCUCACCAAAGGACGCACAAGUCAACCUGAACAGCAGCUAUCUUGACAUGCAGUGGCUGUACGGCAACGACGAGCAAAGCCAAAACUCCAUCCGCACUUUCUCACAAGGCAUGAUCUUCCCCGACACAAUUGCGGACAUGCGCCUUGCGCUUAUGACCCCAUCUUCGACGGCCUUGGCAAUGAUGUUCGCGCGCAACCACAACUUCAUAGCAAAGAAGCUUUGGCAGCUCGACGAAGGUGAUCGCCUCAAGAACAUGGCUGGUGACAAGGAGCGCGACUGCGACAACUUCCACCGUGCUCGUCUCGUCAACUGCGGCUUCUACGUCAACGUCAUCCUCAGAGACUAUAUCCCAGCCAUUCUGGCUCUUCAAGGCAACGAGUGGUAUCUGAACCCUCUAGAGGACAUUCGUGGGCUCGACGGCGCCCGCGUUCCUCGUGCCACCGGCAACCAGGUGGCCAGCGAAUUUAACAUUCUCUACCGCUGGCACUGCACUACCUCCAUGGAGGAUGAGAAAUGGCUCAAUGACACUUUUAUCAAAAUGUUCCCCAACAAGCACGCUGAUGAGGUAACGGUGGCUGACUUCCGCGAUGGUGCCCAUAAUCUCGCCAAGAAACUUGGUUCCGAUCCCCCAAAGUGGGAGCUGCACGGAUGGGAGCGCGACUCUCAGGGCAAAUUUGACGACAGCGUCUUGGCCAAGACGCUUCAAGAUGCUACUGAAGAGGUCGCCGGAGCCUUCCGAGCUCGAGGAGUCCCCGAGUGGAUGCGCGUCAUCGACAUCUUGGGUAUGAAUCAAGCUCGCGAGCAGGGACUUUGCACCCUCAACGAGUUCCGCGCCAGUCUAGGCCUCACUCGCCUGGCCAACUUCGCCGAGUGGAAUUCCGAUCCCGAAGUUCAAAAAGCCGCGGAGAAGCUGUACGGCCACAUCGACCAGCUCGAGCUCUUCCCUGGCCUCUUGGCAGAGGAGCCUAAGCCCGCACAGCCCGCCAGCGGACUUUGCCCUGGUCACACGAUCAGCAGAGCUAUCCUGAGUGACGCAGCUUCUCUUAUCCGUGGCGAUCGUUUCUACACCAGCGACUUCACCUCUAGCGCUUUGACUACUUGGGGCUACCAGUACGCCACUCAGCCUCAGGCCGGCUCUCAGGGAGUCGUGGCCAAAAUGCUGUUCAAUUGUCUACCGACUGAGUAUGCAACAUCCAACUCCACCUUUGCGCUUUACCCCUUUAUGACACCUCCCGCGAUGCUCAAGGUUUUGGAAGGUUACGGCAAAGCUGAUGAGUACACCAUCCAGCGUCCAAGUCGCUCGUCCAACUGGCAUGGCACCACCACUUGGCACGGCGCUCACUCUGUCUUCAUGAACACCAAAUCUGGCCACUGCCCCUACGCACCUCGCAUCGCCAACUGCUCCCAGAGCAACGACGCGGUCUUUGUUAUGGGAGUCAACGAUCGCAAAGAGCACGCGCCUCAAAGAGAAGCUCUUGACCAGCUCUUCUUCGGCAACGACUUUAAGAGGAAGACGGCUGCUUUCCUGGAAAAGAAGACCAAAGAGCUGCUCGUCGAAAAGUCCAUCCAAGCGGGCAACAAGACUUCGCUGGUUGAUAUUGUUGCAGACGUUACUAUUCUGAGCUUCACCGCUUGGGCAGCCGAUCACUGGGCGAUUCCUCUUCGCGAACAGCUGCCUGGUGCUCCGACUUUGCAAGAGCUUUACAUUGCUUUGGCGACCCAAUUUGCUCACGUGUUCUGUAACUUUGACUUCAUGGCUGGCGUGCAGGCGCAGCUUCGCGCCGGCGCGCAAAAGUCUGGUGCGCUAAUCGAAAAGAUUGUUGGUGCUCGCAUGUGGACCAUCAAUACUCCAGUCGUCAAGAAUGUGCUGCCCUUUGUGCAGCACUUCACCUCGCUUUUCGGCCGUCGUGGCGAAAACCUCGUCGAGCCUUCGAAGAGCUCUGUGGAGUUUUACCGCGCGGCUUGGGCCAGCAGUGGCGAUCAGACUUCCGAUCACUUCAAGUCGGUGGUCACUAAGGUGCACGGUCUCAUGAUUUCGUCGAUCGCCACACAGACGCAGCAAGCUGCUCUCAUCCUCGAAGUGUUCCUACGCCCUGAGCACGACAAGCAUCUCAAACGCCUCCACGAGCUGGCCAAUGGGCAAUGGACCGCGUCUGACGAGAAAGAGUUCGUCGGUUAUUUGUGGGAGGGAAUGCGUCUCAACCCACAAGCUCCUGUUUGCCCACGCACAGCGGUGGACGACUUCUCCAUCCGCGACGGAGAGGACGAAAUCCGUGUCAAGAAGGGUGACAGCAUCUUCGUCGGUCAGAAGGCCGCAAACUAUGAUGCUAGCGUGUUUCCUAACCCAAAGGAAAUUGAUCCCUUCCGUCCCAAUCGCGAGUCUUACAUGCUUUUCGGCGUCGGCAUGCACCGAUGCCUAGGUGAAGACCUCCUGGACGCCUCUCUGGCUGCUGUCCUCAAGCCUAUUUUCGCUUUGCCCAACCUUCGCACUGCUCCUGGGCCGACUGGUCGUUUCAGCAAGUCAUCGAUGACUCUUCCGGGAGGCACUGAAGUCUACACCUACCAGCUCUUCGGAGCCGACUGGCCUUUCCCGACCUCGCUGCAGGUCCUUUACGGUGCGCCCGCCCCAGCCCCAGCACUCAAGCUUCCCGAGCGCACCGCCAGUCAGGCAAGUCUCAUCAGCGACUCUACGCACGGACACAAGCGCAACUUUGCCAGCGAGGCAACUAGCAUUGGAAGCAGCUUCUCUGGCCAUGCUUCAUUGAGCUCCCUUGGCGAUCUUGCCACCCCUGCUUCUGAGAAGCAAAAAGGCUCGCCAGACGCCGUGAACACUGAUCUCCCUUCGCAGUAA